AUGCAUACCAAAGAAGUAAAACCUUCGGAGGACCAAACACAAAGACAGCACGUAACAUAAGCAUCUAGAGAGAGAGAGUUCACGAGUGUAACACCACCAAUUUGCAACUGGAAUCGAACUACUACUACUACUACUUACAUGGCACAUAUCCAACUCAUCAGAAAAUAAUACCACCAAAAACUCAUUUUGGUUGGUGACCCUUCACGGGGUGGAACCAUUCUGGUCUCUUUCUUUACCCACCAACUCCAAAUCCAGUGGUCCACGCCGGACCACGUCAAUCCAAACCGGAGUUUCGGUGUUGUCUUUCUGCUUUUGCUUUUUCUUUUGGAAUGAUAAUAAUGUGAGAGUUCAGCUUGUUGUUUGGGUGCUGCAAAAACGGUUUUUUUUUUCGUCUUAUUUUUUUUAUCAAGCAAAAGGAUCAGUGUCUGAUAUGAGUGUUGGGCCGGGAAUGGAUUUGCCGAUCAUGCAUGACAGUGAUCGCUAUGAGUUUGUGCGUGACAUUGGUUCUGGGAAUUUCGGUGUGGCCAGGCUUAUGAGGGACAAACAUACUGAGGAACUUGUUGCUGUUAAGUAUAUUGAGAGAGGUGAAAAGAUAGAUGAAAAUGUACAAAGGGAAAUUAUAAAUCACAGAUCACUGAGGCAUCCCAAUAUUGUCAGGUUCAAGGAGGUUAUAUUGACACCAACACAUUUGGCAAUUGUGAUGGAAUAUGCUUCUGGAGGAGAGCUAUUUGAGAGAAUAUGCAAUGCAGGGAGGUUCAGUGAGGAUGAGGCGCGCUUCUUCUUCCAACAACUUAUAUCAGGAGUUAGCUACUGUCAUGCAAUGCAAGUAUGCCAUCGCGACUUGAAGUUGGAAAACACAUUGUUGGAUGGUAGUCCUGCUCCUCGUUUGAAGAUUUGUGAUUUUGGCUAUUCAAAGUCUUCAGUGCUACAUUCACAACCAAAAUCUACAGUUGGUACCCCUGCAUAUAUCGCUCCAGAAGUUUUGCUUAAGAAGGAAUAUGAUGGCAAGAUAGCAGAUGUGUGGUCUUGUGGGGUGACCUUAUAUGUCAUGUUGGUGGGUGCAUAUCCUUUUGAGGAUCCAGAGGAACCUAAAAAUUUCCGCAAGACAAUACAUAGGAUUUUGAAUGUUCAGUACUCAAUUCCUGACUAUGUUCAUAUAUCUUCCGAGUGCCGUCAUCUGAUAUCAAGGAUUUUUGUUGCUGAUCCUGCAAAGAGAAUCUCUAUUCCUGAGAUCAGAAACCAUGAGUGGUUUUUGAAGAACCUUCAAAGUGAUCUCAUGGAUGGGAAUACUAACAACAACCAGUUUGAGGAGCCUGAUCAACCAAUGCAAAGCAUAGAAGAAAUCAUGCAGAUAAUUAAGGAGGCUACAAUUCCUGCAGCUGGAUCUCAGUCUCUCAACCAUGAUCUUACUGGUAGCUUGGAUAUUGAUGAUGACAUGGAUUCGGAUCCUGACCUUGACUUAGAUAGCAGUGGAGAAAUUGUGUAUGCUAUGUAAGCUGGUGGAAGACCAUUGAGCUGAAUUUGGGGGGUCAAUAUUAAUGUUAUGCCCUGGAUUGCUUAGUGUGUGUGGAAUUUUCCAUAUGCUGGGAGAGAAUUCAUCCAACAUGUAUUUAAGUUGUAUUUGUGAUCUUACAUGAUUACGUGCUUCUUUGUAUAAUUGUAUUGAUAGUUAUGUUAUUUUUAUAUACCAUAUGCAUUGGUCUUCUUUGGCUU